AUGAAAAUAAGGAGACACUCGUCACUUUGCUAUCAGGAUUCAUCUCUGUACAGCACAGGACGUAGACCUUGAAUUCAUGUUGGAUUGUAUUUUGAUCGUGGCAAGUUAUACAUAAAUGUAGCAAAACCUACCAUAAAGUGCAUUGUUGUCGAGUGAAAUUAUGUUCAUUACGGUAAGGCUAAAACGAAACUAGCUUUACGUUGCGUUUCCAAGAACCAGGAAAUAUUGGAGAAGAUACCCCGUAUAAGAACUUUACACCCACCCACUUUUACACACUGAUUUUCUGGGACGUUUCGUGAGACGUCGCUGAUAAAGAAAGUAUAACCAACACUGAGUUGUUUCUGGAAAGGAUAUUCAUAAUUAUGUCUUUGUUGGACCUUGCUUUUGUGAUGGACUGCACGGGCAGUAUGGAUUCGUAUAUUGAUUCUGCAAGAGAGAACAUCAGGCAUAUAAUUGAUCAAAUAUCCUCUGCGGGUGGGAGAAGUGUCCACUUUGCUUUAGUUGAGUACAGAGACCAUCCACCACAAGACAAAUCCUUCAUCACUAAGCCGCAUAACUUCACCUCCCAGAUCGCAAAUAUGAAAUCGUGGUUACGUGACUGCUCAGCCGACGGUGGUGGUGAUGAACCAGAGGCCGUGGCUGACGGACUACAAGCGCUGUUGACUUUCUCCUGGAGAAGUAGUGCGACUAAAAUAGCCGUGCUGAUUGCUGAUGCACCACCACAUGGACUUGGAACUGAUGAGGACGGAUUCCCAUUGGGCUGUCCUCUCGGGCACGACCCCUUUAAAGUCACAAAUAAACUCGCAUCUCAAGAAAUCACUCUUUAUGUCGCUGGCUGCGAACCAAGCAUAUCACCCUACAAGGAUUUUUUCACUGGAUUGGCUUACAUUACUGGGGGUCAGUAUGUUCCUCUUGCGUCUGCUAACAACCUCGCCAAGAUCAUUGUUUGUGGUGCUGAAGAGGAGAUGUCACUGGAACAUCUGAUGAAGACAGAGGUUGGUGCAGCCAUGAAACAGUUACAGGACGCAGGUGUUGAAUUCGACGAAGACCUAAUGGAGUUACACCUCUCUGCAGAAAUGGCCAGGAAAGGUAUUACAACAAAGAAGUUGAGACGAAACAAUGCCAGUAUGGGAGAUGUGAGUGAUAAGGCAAAGGUCAUUUCCCAGAUGGCCGACUUGGCAGAGUACAGGAGAACGGAUCUCACAUAUGCUCGCCCUGCUUCCGUGGCCAGUGCUGCUGUAGGUGACGUGUUUGACGUGGAGGAGAGUGAGGUAGAUUACGCCCAAGUCCAGAGAAUGGUACAGAAGUCCAAGAUGAGGAACAAAGCACUGUUUGAGGAUUGACAUGUAACUGGGAAUUGAAUCGGACAUGAUUUUGGUUACAAAAGCUUCAAAUUUCCUCCACUGGUCUACCAAAAAAGUGUUCAAAGCUACACCAAGGUCUUGAAUAUUGUAACAUCGAUGAAACAACUUUGUCAACACUUCUAUUUGAAAUAUCAACAACAAAUGCAUUGAGUAUAUAUAUGCGUGCAAGUAAGUCAGUACUUGCAUUAUACACUUUUCAAACCAAUUCACCUACGUGUUAAAAACGGAAGGCCAGGCUCAUUGAAACUAUUUUGGAUAAUGAGCUCUGAUACAUCAGGGGUCAUCUGUCUUCAGGUAUGACGCCAAUAAGUGUGACUAAUUGCUUAUUAUGAUGUCAAAGUGUAAAAUACAUGUCUGAGUGGUCAAUGUUUGUGUUAGCUUGAAGAUGCGCUGCUAAUUUUCAUAAAAGCAUAAAAUGUUAUAACUUGGUAGUUCUAGAUAAAUUUAAUUGCUGCAAUAGUUUAUGUAUAAGUGAUUAUGGUGAUCGACAGAUCUAUUAAACAUUGUAAAGUUA